UGGCUCAAGCCCAUUGGGGCUAACUUCACGUCCUAUCCCUUUACUGAAACAGGUCGGCGGGGCGAUGAGAUAUGAGAUUCAAGUUUCUUUGGUUUCUUAGCUCAUUCGCUUCGGCAGAGGUUUGCCAGCAUGGGUGCGAGGAGGCAGACGCUUCCCAGAUGCUGCAGCUGUCCAGGCAGAACACUUCGGCUGUCCCCCUCCGACAGAAGAAUACAUCAGUAUCCUUCAAUGAAACUGUUCACCCAGCCGCAACCCUACUAGUGACGAACGCAACACUGGGGGAUCCACUCCGGCAAUCGCCCAUCCUUCAUGCAAUCGGUCCACUGGGAUCUCAGAGGCCCACAGUGUCUUCAGCUAUCAGACCGCAAGAGAACGCGACGCUGAUGGGGAGCAAUCACAAGGAGGAUUUGCCCUUUUUUGGCCCCACGGAGUUCCCUUUGCUGGACAACCCUGAAGAUCCUUCCAGAAGGAUGUCGCGGCGCAUGAAGGAGAAGGAACUAGGACGGGAGGCGGUCUUCGCUGCCGCGCUGAUUAUGGUCCUUAUCAGCUUCUCUGUAGGUCUCCAGCUCAUCAUGGUGGAGUUUGUGAUGACUGGCACCUGUGCCAUCCCAUGCAACAUUGCAGGGAUGAUUUUAGCGGUGAUCCUGGCUGUGACCGCGGCGCUGCGCGCGGUCGUGCGCAUGCUGCUGCGGCCGUUUAGGCCCUGCUGGCUCCUUCUCUGGUCCUGGACCAGUCGAAACAGAAAGGCUUCACCCAUCAUGCAAGCCCUUCCAGAGCACCUCUUGGAGGAGGUGGUGGGCUUCUUAGACUUGGAGGGCAUGUGUGGCCUCGGUUCUGCGUCGAGGAAAUCCAAAGACUUGGUGAACAGUGACGCUUGUUACAGGACCUUGAAGAUCGAGGUGACGCAAAACGGUUUGGAGGCACGCUGGCUGCGGCACCUGCAACGCUACAAGGAGCAGGGGCUCACCCGUUUCAGGACUGUGAAGGAAGGUGACGAUCCUGAGGACACUGCCACAGACACAGAAGCGGGAUUGUGGAGUGCAAGGGUGGACUUACGACACCUGGCCGUGCGGGGCUGGUCGUCGGCACCCUCUUCGCUGGUGAUUCCGGACCGGGCAGUUGCAGCAACGCGGCCGGUGCCGCCGAUCAAAGGCUUUCCAGCACGCCCGGCGGAACAACCGCAGGUCCCUCAGUACAUCAUCCAGGAGAUGCGCCGCUUUCUUUGUAGGCAUGUUCGAAGGACUGCAGCGAAGGCGGAGGCUGACGAGGUGAACGAGCGUUGGAUUGUGAUCACCGAUGUGGUGCGCUACUGCAUGCUGGUGGUUGGUUGGUUUUGGUUCUCAGCAGAGGUCAUGGACAUGGCCUGCCUGGAAGGUGGCGGCCCCUGGCAGGUGAUCAAGGCGGUCACAUCGCCCUGCCUCUUCAUCUUCAUCUUGGAAUCGGAUCGAAGACACUUCUGGUGGCAGGUGCUGGCUGGCCUUGUGGCCGCGGCUUUCUUGCUGGAUUUGCUCUUUGCCUGAGUCGAAGG